AUGAAGUGCAAGGUCGACGAGGUGCAGAAGCAGCUUGCUUGGCUGGGCGGGUGGCAGUCUCUCAUCGGUGCCGUCGUAAACUUCCUCGUCGCCUUUCCUUACGGCGUCUUGUCAGAUAGCAUCGGCCGCAAGGCAGGCCUCGUCUUCGCUUACAUCGGUACUAUCGCCGCCUUCAGCUGGUCCCCUUUCAUUCUGGCCAACUUCCCCCAGCUGAGCAUCUACUACCUCUUCUUCGGCUCAUGCUUCUUCUUCUUCGGCGGCGGCAUCGUCGUCGUCUUCAAUAACGUCUACGCCAUGGCCGCGGAUAUCAGUACCGAAAAGGAUCGCGCCUCAAACUUUGUUAUCCUGUCCGUCGGCGCCGUGGUCGGUGGCGUGAGCGGCCACGUCUCCGCCGGCUUCCUCAUGGAGAAAUUCGGUCCCUGGGUGCCGAUCCGUAUGGUGUUCAUCCUCACCCCGUUCGUGAUCCUCAUCAUCAUGCUCCUGCCCGAGACUCUCCGUGUCAAGCUCGAUAACGGGAAUGAACCGCCGAAACCGCAGCUCCCGUUGGGCGACGCCAUCAAGGAAGGCUUCCUCAAAGGGCUGGUCCAGCUCAAGGACUCUCUCGCGAUCCUCAAAAACCGCAACAUUCUCCUCUGCCUUGUGCCCUCUAUCGUCGGCAACCCAAUCAUGACGGCAAACUCCUCUACUCUACCGCAGUACGUGAGCAAGAACUUUGGCUGGACCCUCGCUCAAACCAGCUUCCUCCUCUCCCCGCUGGGCUUCCUACACCUCGGCACCCUCGUUCUCCUUCCCUGGGUCUCAAAAAUCGUCGUUGAUCCCCGCGGCCGCUUCCGCCGCACCGGCUUCGGCAAGGACGCCCUCCUCGCCAAGGCGUCCUACAUCAUGAUCGCCGCCGGCGCCCUCCUCGAGGCCUUUAGCCGGGAGAUCGUCGUGUUCCUCCUGGGUCUUGUCUUCCAGACCUUUGGUUCGGCCCACAAUCCGCUCGCGCGCGCCAUGAUCACCGAGUUUGUCGAUCCGGAGCACACGUCCCGGCUGUACGCGCUCACGAGCAUGGUCGAUACUCUCGGGUCUCCGCUUGGCGGACCGGUACUGGCGUGGGCGUUCUCGGUCGGACUUGAGAAGAAGGGGCUGUGGAAGGGGUUGCCGUGGUUCUACGUUACGUUCUUGGCGUCCUUGACGUGGGCAGCGCUGAUGCUUGUGGAAGAGCCGAGGAAGAAGGGACCCAUUCACUUGGAGACGGAGAGCACCCUAGAAGGAUUGGACUAUGAGUCAGGGGCGGAAGAUUAA